GUGGUUGCUUUUGAAAAUAUUGGCGCUGGUCUUGUCAAUGUUAGCUUUCCUUCAAGCUCAAUUUACUUGGUUAAGAUAUGCCAACGUCGUGGGGCUCUUGUGGAAAUAAAGCAGUCGUGAUGAAAUGAAAGUGUUCCCUUACAAACAAGAAACGCUUUAGUCACCGGGUGAGGAAACACAAUGGAAAGUAAUGUCUGCAGCCACGUGAAAGUGGUCGUACGGGUGAGACCAACCAAUGAGAAUGAGACGAAUGAAAAUGUUCGCAAGGUGGUCCAGGUUGUUGAUAAACACAUGUUGGUAUUUGAUCCAAAAGAAGAGGACAUAUCCUGUUUUGGUUCCCAAAGAGUUCGGAAUAGGAACAUCAACAAGAGGGCCAACAAAGACCUUAAAUUUGUUUUUGACCAUGUCUUUGGAGAGGACUCCACGCAAGACGAUGUAUUUGAGAACACCACCAAAGGAGUGUUGGAUGGUGUCAUGAAUGGCUUCAACUGUACAGUUUUUGCCUAUGGCGCAACUGGAGCAGGCAAAACACAUACCAUGUUAGGAACACCAGAUGAGCCUGGAGUCAUGUACCGCACCAUGAAAGACCUUUUUAAACGCAUGGACGAUGCUAAGGAGGAGAAAGAGUUUUCUGUUGCUGUCUCCUAUCUUGAGGUUUACAAUGAGCAGAUCAGGGAUUUGCUGGCUAAUGCAGGUCCUCUUGCAGUAAGAGAGGACUGUGAUAAAGGAGUUGUGGUUCAGGGCCUGACACUGCACCAGCCAAAAUCUGCCGAGAACAUUCUCCAGGCUUUGGAUUCUGGUAAUCGAAACAGGACGCAACAUCCGACUGAUAUGAAUGCCACUUCUUCCAGGUCCCAUGCCGUGUUCCAGAUAUAUUUGCGACAGCAGGACAAGGCUGCUAGCCUAAAUCCCAAUGUGUGCGUGGCCAAAAUGAGCCUAAUAGACCUGGCAGGCUCAGAAAGAGCCAGUGCUACCAAUGCCAAAGGGCAACGCUUCCGUGAAGGUGCUAACAUCAACCGCUCACUCCUCGCCCUGGGAAAUGUUAUAAAUGCUCUCGCCAAUCCCAAGAGCAAGAAGGCUCAUAUACCAUACAGGGACAGCAAACUUACCCGGAUACUCAAGGACUCUUUGGGAGGCAACUGCAGGACUGUCAUGAUAGCCAACAUCAGCCCCUCAUCCAAGUCGUAUGACGACACACAAAACACUUUGAAAUAUGCCAACAGGGCCAAGGAAAUCAAAUCUUCGCUAAAAAGUAAUGUUAUCAGCCUGGACAGUCACAUUGGCCAGUAUGCAGUCAUUUGUGAGAGGCAACGGCAACAGAUUGAGCAGCUGAAGCAAAAAUUGAAAGAGUAUGAGGACAAAAAUUUGGUGCACACAAUCUCACCCCAGAAACAAGCAGACAUCAACAGGGUGUCUAAAUCUCUGCAGCAAGUCUUCUCCAACCGUGCCCAAAUCAGGAGAGAGCAGCUGGAUCUGGAGAGACAACUGAAGGAGAAUGAGCUGCGCCAGCACUACAGUGAGCAGGACAACCUGCAGGUCCAAUGCAUCUUUGCCAAAGAAAAGACUGACAAGGCUACUUGUAAACAUGAGCGGAGGAUUGCGAUGCUAAGCUCCGAGCACGAGCGCAUUCGUAAACGGAUGAAAGAAGCGGAAAUGCACUUUCAGGAAAAUAAUGGCUGGCUUCACCGUGUCGAGAACGAGGUGAAAUUGUUGAAGUCGAAUAGUCAGGCAUUUGAGGUAUUAGACAAGGACUUGCAUUGUCACAGACUGGAGCUCAAGGUGAAUGAUCUGGAACAACACAUCAAGCAGAUGGUCAAAAUCACUGCACUUCAGGAUCAAGAGAAUAAACGCAUGCAAAAAAUGGUGAAUGUGUUGUUGUCAUCUUAUGGUCGAUACCACACUGCCAUGUGUGACACUGAGCUUGUUGGAGCCCAAGAUGAGUUGAAAAACCAUGAGCUGAAGCAACUUGUGCUAAGAGAGAGAAGUGUGGCUUGGGCAGACCAGGUAGAAGUCAAACAAGACGUCCAAGGUUCAUCUACUGGAACGACAAAACGAGAAACCAAGGAUUUCAGUGGCGAAUUGGCAACCGUCCUGUCUUUCUCAAGACUGCUUUACUUCCAGAGUAGCCCUUGCAGUGCAGAUGGGCGGGCAAAAUCGUCAAUCAAAAAUGCACCAUUUUCAAAAGGUAGCAGAAGUCCUCCAAACCUGCAGCAAGACGUACUUCCCCGAAGGCCCGUUCGAAGAAAUCUCUCGGUGUUGCUGCCACAACAAAGCCCCAAGACUUUUUCCCACGACUUUGAGGAGGGCACCUUUCCUCUCCAGUGCACACCGGAGCCUGCUCCAAAAGGUGUUCAGUUUAGUUUGUCCACCGGCAUGGAUCCCAAUAUAACCUUUGAAGUUGAACACGAAGAUGCAACGAUCAUAAGCAAUGGCGGCCCCUCUCAGGCAAUGAAGUCAGGGGGUUGUUCAGGUCAAACCCAACUCAUCAAUCCUGUCAAUGAAACCAAGCAGAUUCCUACCCAACGACAUCAGAUCUCCUCCUUACAAGAAGUGAGACAAGCCAAUCCAACGUACAUGGGUAUGACGUCUGCUGCGCGAGGAAAGCGUAAGAUCAACAGGGAGAAAGAUGAAAACUUGUCCGCACCAAAGCGUACUAAGAAAGCCCUCUGCGUUCCCACCAGACCACUGAGGGUACCGACAUUUUCCAGUUCAGGAAAGGACAAACCUCAGAGAGUCGUUAGGAGCAUUUCUGAAGGAAAUCUGAACCUGCUUAAACCUUCCAAACCGAAGUCACAACUGUUCGAUCGAGUGACUAAAUGGAUGUAAAAAACCCUUCAGUGUAUGUCUUGAUUUCCAUGUUAAACAUUUUAAGUAGUAUUUUAGGCUCUGUGAGUCCUCUUUAUUUUAUUUUGUUUUAUUUUUUACUUGAAUUUAAAUAAAUGUUAAGCACACACACACACACACCCAGUCAAGAUAAUCUCAUUGUUAAUCCGUGUUUAUUGCAUGGGAGGUGAACAGUGGUACAAGGUAAUCAAUUUUCUCCUGACUUACAUGGCACUGAUAAAACCCAAAUCUUCAUCACAAGAGUUUUUACGUGUUGGGGUGAAUUGCGUCGAAGUUAAUUAAUAAAGCCUUCACAGACUAACAACCUGCCAAACACUCCUGCUGUCCUCUUACGAAAUGAUAUUGGGUUUCAAGCUUUUAAACCCACUUGAGAUAACAUCGUCAGAAGUCUUUUAGGGACCUUGAUAUUGUUCCUUCCGAAAUGUUGAUGACUAAAUUGCUCCAUUUCUGUCCAAACCUAAUGCUUGCUCACCUAUUUAAUAAAGAUGUCUUGAGAAUGCACCAGAAAGUAAUACAGUACAUCUUUGACCCAUUUUCAUCAUUUAAGUAACAUGACACACAACAUCAUUCAAGGAAUGUGACAGUGGAUUCUUUAGGUUUCAUUGUAUCUGUAAAUAGUUGUAGAUAUUCCUUUAACGCAAUUGCCAGCACGAAACUGUGACUGUUAAAAUUG